UCCUUCAAUACACAUGUAAACGUGUUAUAUUAAGCAAAGUUCGAUAGCUAAAAGUCGCAAUGUAAACAUGGUAUAAUGUAUUCCGUGUUGCUGCGUCAGCAUGUUACAGCAAAAAUGCAACCCUGCAAUUGUAAGGAAACAAAACAAGAACUAAUAAAUGAAAAUUACAUUCCAUUGUUGACAUCAUUUUGUACCAUAUUGAAUCAUAAAUCGAGGUAUUUUAAAUGGAAGCACUAGACUCCUUGGAGAGACGUAUCGAUACGUUAUCGCGUAUGUUGGGACCUGUAGAAGAAGCCAACAUAACCGGCGGUGAAGUGAACAGAUCCGCUAAUGUUGUGGAUACAUUGUUGUCAACGAAUAGUAUUUUAAACGAUGCACUUAAAGAGCGAGAGCAAAUCAAUAAAGCAAUAACAAGAACUAAUGAACUUGAAAAAUAUUUAGAUCCAAAUUUUUUGGAAGAAAAUCAGCAAGUCCGUUCCAGGGAAGUAUAUUUAAAUGCUAUUGCACCAGAUCUCAAAGAUCAAUUUCAACAGCUUGAUUUGAUUAAGCAAUUAGAGUCUACAUUAGGUGCUGAAUAUUUUCGCAAUAUACCAGGCGAGUGUACUGAAAAAUUAAAACAAAUUUCGCAGGAUAAUACAGAAUUCGCUCAACAAAGUGAACUAAUCGAAGAUAGCCUGAUUUCAGCAAUGAAGCGUUAUGGUGAGAUACAAACAGGACUGCUCGAAUCACUCGAUGCUAUGAAUAGAAGGCUUGAAGUAGUUGAAGAAAAGUUAUUGCAGAAAAAACGCGACGACUUAGAAAAAACUUUGGAAAACAAUGCUGAAAGUAAAUAAUAUUAAAGUGUAUUAAUUUUUCCUAGAUUUUAAAAGUAUUUGUAUAUUUAAUUUUUCCUAUAAAUGUAUUUCCAAUAUAUAUAAUUUAAUUUUCUAUUUGGGGGAAAAGCCCCUUUUUACGUUUCAACGUUUGUGCUUUUACCUUAUUUGUGCAAUUAAAGUUUC